CCGUACAGGUUCUCAUUCUCUUCCCUCUUCAUAUCCCAUGAAAGCUUUUCACAUCAUUUUUUUGUCUUCAUCAUUAGCUAUUCACUUGUAUGUUAAUGUUUAUACUCUUCAUUCCUGGUAUUAACGUUUAUAACAGUUUUGCUCAUACCUUUCUCUUAUAAUCUAUUUCCAUUCAAUUUUCUUUUACCACAUCGUUUGUUAUUACUUCUAUGACAUUAGUUUUCUCCGAACGAUUUAUGGUGUCAUGUGAAACAGAUGGGACACAACUCAUAGUGGUGAACAACUGCAAAGAAAGUGUAUGGCCUGCGAUUCUCGGCAAUGGAGGGCACCCUUCACCAAAACAUGGCGGGUUUUAUCUCGGAAGCGGCGAAGAGGUUGUUGUGCAAGUCCCGGAGGGUUGGUCAGGGAGAAUCUGGGGCAGACAAGGGUGUUUCUUCGACCAACAAACAGGCAAAGGUUGUUGUGAAACAGGAGAUUGUGGAGGCUUAUUGCAAUGCAAUGGAAUCGGUGGAGUCCCUCCUGCAACCCUAGUAGAAAUGACUCUAGGAACCUCAAAAUCCGCGUUGCAUUUCUAUGAUGUUAGUUUGGGCGAUGGGUUUAACCUUCCUGUGUCAAUGAAGGCACUGAGUGGUAGUGGUGGAGGUUGUGGUGUUGCUUCCUGUGAAGCUAACUUGAACGUUUAUUGCCCUUCAGCUUUGGUUGUGGAGAGGAAUGGGAAGGUUGUGGGGUGCAAGAGUGCUUGUUUGGCAGCAAAGUCAGAUAGGUAUUGCUGCACUGGUCACUUUGCUACAAAAUGCAAGCCAACUGUGUUUGCUCUUCUCUUCAAGACCGUUUGCCCUAAUGCUUAUAGCUAUGCUUAUGAUGAUUCACCGGUGCUCAACACUUGCGUGGCACCUCGCUAUGUCAUUACAUUUUGCCCUCUACAUUGAUCAUUUCUCU